AUGGAUCAUAUAAUUUCUCCACUUUCUCCAAAACCACCUUCAUAUAGGUGGUGGUCGGAAGAAACAACGGCGGUUGUGACGGGAGCAAACAAAGGUAUAGGUUUUGCGGUUGUGAAGAGGUUGUUGGAGCUUGGACUAACCGUCGUCUUAACCGCCCGAAACGCCAAAAAUGGAAACCUAGCCGCGGAUUCCCUCCGCAGCAUUGGCUUUCAAAACGUUCAUUUUUGUUGCCUCGACAUCUCAGAUCCUUCUUCCAUCGCCGCCUUCGUCUCCUGGUUCCGUCUCAACUUUGGAAUACUCGACGUGUUGGUGAACAACGCGGCCGUUUCAUUUAACGCCGUCGGCGAUAAUUUAAUCAAACAGCCAGAGACCAUAAUCAAGACUAAUUUCUACGGUGCCAAGCUUUUAACGGAGGCGCUUUUGCCGUUAUUUCGUCGUUCGGUCUCCGUUAGCCGCAUCCUCAACAUUAGCUCAAGGCUUGGCGCAUUAAACAAACUGAGAAACCCUAGUGUAAGACAAACCCUAGAAAAUGAAGACCUUACCGACGAACAAAUCGAUGCGACAGUGACUCAAUUUCUCGAAGACGUGAGUAGCGGAACGUGGGAGAAGCAAGGAUGGCCGGCAAAUUGGUCGGACUACGCCGUCUCAAAGAUGGCCUUGAACGCUUACUCUAGGGUUUUGGCUCGACGUUACGAGGGGAAAAAUCUAAGUGUGAAUUGUUUGUGCCCUGGUUUCACUCGUACGUCUAUGACCGAUGGUCAGGGGACUCACACGGCAGACGAGGCCGCGGCAACCGUCGCGAAUUUGGUGUUGCUUCCUCCGGAGAAACUCACCUCCGGAAAGUUUUAUAUGUGCGUAGAGGCCAAGAAGAUUGUUUCAAAGUUGUGA